AUGGCCACCAGCCGCGGGUUCUGCAGCGGGCUGGGCCGCACCCGGGAGAAGCAGGCGCCGGGCACGGCCCGCGGCCCGCCGUCCUCCGAGUCGUCCACCGGCAGCGAGCGCAGCGCCAGGUUGUCGAAGCGCAGCCCGCCCAGCCACCCCCCGCCGCCCUCGGGGCCGCCGGGCCCCGCCGGGACAGCGCCCGCCCGGAGGCUGGAGGCGUCGCGGCGGGCGGCCGGCCGGAGCCGCCAGCGGGGCCGCUUUGCCGGUGCCCGGUCCGUUAGCGGGCGUUACCGGGCGAGCGCGGCCGUUAGUCCCGUCGCCUCAGCUGCGCCUCCGAGGAGGGAGAGCCCCCGCGGGGCGGCAGGCGCGGGCUCGGCCAAGGUGGCUGGCCGCAAGAUGUCCUGGCUAACGAGGGGAGGGAAGUCGAAGGAGAAGGAGGAUGUGGAGAGCCCCCCGAGCCAGGAGGAGCGGGGCGUGCUGGUGCAGGCUAUGCUGGAGCACGGCGGCGACCCGUGGGACCGUCGGGUGGUCGGGCAGGAGCCCUCCCUGAAGGCGGCGGAGAGGCACUGGCUGAACUACGUCUCGUCCUACCACCCCAAGGGGGAGAAGAAGUGCUCGGCCCUGCAGUGGCUCUUGUUCCACCUGGCCCGGGCCUUGCAGGCGGCGGUGGAGGAGAAGGAGCAGUGCAUCCAGAACCUACAGAACAGUCUGCAGGUGGCUCGCAACGAGGUCCUGGCCCUGCGGUGCGACAGCUCGCAGCUGAGCGAGCAGGCCGAGCAGCUGGGCAAGCUGAGGGAAGAGCUGAGGGCCGAGGCGGCCGAGAACGCCCGCCUGAGGAGGAAGGUGCAGUGCUUGGGCACCCUGCUCUCCCUGGGGAAGGGCCUGGACCAGAGGAAGGUGGCGGCGCUCAACCGAGGAACUCAUGACAUCUGUCUGGGAGCUGAGAGGCCUCUUUGGGAUGAGGUGACAGUAUACAGAAGGGACCUGAGAAACCAGAGAGCAGACAAGAAUUUGCAAGCCUGAGGACGGCCUUGGUGAGUAAGGAACUGUCAGAACCAGAGCCUGAGACUGUGAACUGUACAUUGUUGGUAUGACAUUGCCAUGGGCUGGUUUCCAAAAGCCACUGCUUUGCAGCACUUAAUGCACUUAAUCCUGUACUUGCUAUUAGUUAUGAUAGAAGUUAUGAUGUUCUUUAUUCCUCUAUGUAUGAUUUGCUUGUUUCAGAAGGGAAGAGUGUGCUCACAUGCCCAGUUGAACAUCUUAUGUGCAUUGCUGGUGUAAAAGUUGUGGUGGCUUCCAGCCAGAAGGGAUUGAGUUCAUGAGCACCCAGAGUGGUCUGAAUGUCCUCAGAGGAGGUCAGGCAGACCAGGGGGUGGCUUGUGAGUGAGAGGUCCCGCUGGAGCAUGCAGCCCCAGAGAGCUGAGGCCCCAGCAGUGCUGGCAGAAGGGUGACAAACAAGUGCCUCUGCUGCUGCUCUCUGGUAUGUAAACUGCCAGAUAAGGCCCUGCAAGGGCUUGGCCAGCUUGCACAGGGAUCAAGGCUAACGUGGAAUAGCUGUGUCUAGUACUCACAGGAGGUAACCUACACCCAAGGGGACAGCUACAAGGGAGCCAGGCUGCCUGUGGUUGGGUGUCCCUGCCAGUAACACCCUGUAAGGCUGCGACUGCUGGGGUAACAGCACUGAAAAUAAUGGCAGUUAAGUAUGGCUGUAGCAAAACCAGGAUCAAUUGGGAGGAAGUAAUCGGGGACAAGUUGUUUAUUUGGGCCGGAUUUGGGUGGAGGAGAGGAGGUGGGCCCUGGUGCUGAAGAAUGAGGUACGAAAUCCAAGAAGGAAGACCAGAGGGCUCCUGCUGACAGUUGGACACCUAUGGCCGGUAGCAAAACUGAGCUGCAGACUCAAGCCCUGGGAGGCUGGAAGGCAUCACCUGGGAUAACCCGCUGGACUUGCUCCAUCAGCUCUCUGGCUGUACAUCGUGGUGUGGGAGGAUGAAUCAAGGUGCAACCUUGGGACUUACAGAACUGUCACUGAGGGUUGGCAGUGCAUGAGACUCAUUAGAUCUGAGAUUGAGAGCUCAUAACUUCAUAGCUGUGCCUUAUUUUUGCAAACCAUAUGUAACUUGAUGACUGGGAUGGGACUUACUUAGGUUAUUGAUUAUCUUUCUAUUCUGCUAGUUUCCUCAGCGUGUGUUCACCAGUCAAUAAACAGUGUGCCUCA